UGCCGGCAUGCUGAACACCUUGCCUUCCACAGCCAGUGUCACUAGGCAGCCAUGCAAAUGAGGCUUUCCCACAGUGCACCUGGCUGUUAGGGUGUCCACUGUGCGCGCGUGCACGCACACACACACACACACAGACACGCACACAAGCGCACGCGCCUCCCUCCCUCACACAGACACGGGGCUGGAGGCGCAGUGCACUCGCUUCCGUCAGAGCAGCAGCUCAGCCGGGGAAGUCUUACCCGCACGGCGAAGUCGUUACGUUGCCGCUUGCAUUCAAGGUUAGCGGGAUGACACCGGUGACGGACGGAGCGGGAGCACGGUGCUGGGGCUGAGCACGAGGGCUCUGUGUAAUCGUUUCCAACGCGGCGGGUGGCCAGCGCGGCGCUGGGAGCAUGCCAGGACAGGGGGAUGUUAGCAGCCAGCGCCUUCGGCUGCUGCCCUUGGCAAAGUUUGGCUUGCAGGAGUCUGGCAUGAAUCAUCCUGGAGUAUGAAGCUUCUGGAUCUCCAAUCGCCUGAAUGGAUCAACGCUGCGGCUCGCUGGAGUAGAAAUCUGGGGCAGCGGAGGUGGUGAGGAGAUCUGAAGGAUACAAAGACGCACUGAUUUCUUUGAGCUGAGGGAGUUGGACUAGAUCCUCGCUGCCGUCUGCCAUGACAGAGCCCAGGACCUCGACACCAAGCUCCACCUGGGCACAGGUCUGCAAAGACUGCGGCCAGACCCAUGCCGCACAGGAGAACCACCUGUACGAGUACCGGGAUGAGGUAGAUGACGAACUGGUUUGCCACAUCUGCCUGCAGCCACUACUGCGGCCUAUGGACACCCCGUGUGGCCACACGUACUGCUACCAGUGCCUGGGCAGCUUCCUGCGUGAGCAGGACUUCUGUCCUGUGGACCGGCAGCGCCUGCAGCUGGCCCAGUGCCGACCCUCCAGCCUGCUGGUGCGCAACCUGCUGGACAAGCUGGGCGUGCUGUGUCCCUUCCAGCCAUGCGGGCAGCAGAUGCAGCGCUGUGAGCUGCAGCCACAUCUGCUCAACAGAUGUCCUGGCUUCAGGAAGCUGCGGGAAGAGUCUGAGAAGAAGAAAAGACCCCCAUGGAAUGACCUGAAAGGGAGCAAGACUGAGGUGGAGCCAUCGGGAGGCACUGCGGCCUCUCGCUCGGGAAGCUCCCGGAGCCCUGGGGAGCCGGGCUUGGUGAACCCAGCUUUUGAGGAGAGUGAGGAUGAUGCCCCUAUGAGAUGCAGCCUGGUGGCUGAGACGAACGUGGUGGAGAUUUUUCGCACUGAGCCAGAGGAGGAGCUGGGGAUCCAUGUCGUUGGCGGGAAGGACACGCCGCUGGGGAACAUUGUCAUCCAGGACAUCGUGCGGGAAUCCCUGGCAGCUCGUGAUGGAAAGCUGGCCCCCGGGGACCACAUUCUGGAGGUGAAUGACGUCAGCGUGGCGAGCAUUUCACACGCGCGUGCCGUCGCUGUGCUGCGGCGCUCUUGCCCUGUGGUGCGCUUCACCGUCAUGCAGGAGAAGGGCUUCUCCACCCGCAACCCGCGCCCCGAGCACCACCCGGGCUCUGCUCCUACCGCCUCUGCGCCGGCCGGCCCGGGCCCUGCCCCCUUCGGCACGGUGAUCCAAGUGACCCUGAUGAAGAGGGACCGCUCGGAGCCGCUGGGCAUCAAGCUCAUCCGCAAGUCCGAGGAGCCGGGCGUCUUCAUCCUGGACCUGCUGCCGGGUGGCUUGGCAGCAAAGGAUGGCAAGCUACGCAACAGCGACAAGGUGCUGGCCAUCAACGGGCAGGACCUGCGACAUGGCACUCCUGAGAGCGCGGCGCAGAUCAUCCAGGCCAGCGAGAUGCGGGUGAACUUCGUGGUGCUGAGGCACGCUGAGCCCCAGGGGGAGGCCGUCGUCACCGGGGAGGGGCUGCUCAGGGGCACACGCCGCAACUCAGACCUGCACUACUUCAGGCGGCGCUCCACUUAUGUCAAGGACCCUCCUGAUGGCUUUUCCAGCCAGGAGAAGACUGUGAGCAUUAAGAAGGAGCCUCGCCAUUCCCUGGGCAUCACCAUCGCUGGGGGGAGGGACAGCCGGAGCCAUGUGCCCAUUUACAUAACCAGCGUCCAGCCGGUGGGCUGCCUGCACCGCGAUGGGACCAUCAAAGCCGGUGACGUGCUGCUAAGCAUCAACGGCGUGGAUCUCACCCAGCUGACCUACACGGAGGCCGUGCGGGUGCUGAAAGCACAGGCCUCGCAGCCCAACGUGGUGCUGCGCGUGGUGGAGACCGUCUCCGGCACCCUGACGGAGGAGGACAGCGACGGCGUGAACUGGGAAGAGCUGGAGCCUUUGGAGAAUCCACGGGAGGACGACCUGAACUGGGCCCCGCUGUGGACGCGCUGGCUGGGCCUGCCGAGCCCAUUGCACUGGUGCAGAGACAUUGUCCUGCAGAAGACCAACAGCGAGAGCUGGGGCUUCAGCAUAGUGGGAGGCUAUGAGGAGAAUCAUGGGCAGCAGCCCUUCUUCAUCAAGACCAUCGUGCCUGGAACACCAGCACAUUUCGACGGGCGUCUCAAGUGCGGUGAUGAGAUUGUGGCUGUGAACGGCGCGACGACAGUGGGCAUGAACAACUCCUCGCUCAUCCCUCUGCUGAAGCUGCAGAGGAACAAGGUCACGCUGACCGUGGUGUCGUGGCCUGGCAGCCUGGUGUAGCUGCACUUAGUAUCAGCAUCCCAUAGUCAGUCUCCCCAUUCCAUCUGUUAUGCACUCGCAGCAGAGGUAUUGGCCUGCUCCACUGGCCAGUUAAUAGUCUGCAAUAGUGCCACAUUUAUCCACUGUGCGUUGGUGUUAACACAGCCAAUGAUUGACAUUGCGCAAUAACCACGACCAUUUAGGGUUCAAAGUUCGUUUUCAUCACUAAUACUGUGUUGUACAAUUCAGUAGAUGAUAUAAGGUGAAUAUGACCUGUACUGUAUAUGAUAUACUUGGAACAGUACCUGUGGAUGGUGCUGUAGAAUUGGGUUUAUUUAAAUUAUUCUAGUGCAAAACCCUGAGCACCAAGGGUCUCCUUGUGGGUCGAUGUCCUUUCACCCUGGAAACGAGCUGACCUCAGGGUAGUUGUUUUGCCACAUCCCUCUACCUUGAGUAGGUAGCUGUAGGUUCUUCUCCUCACACACGAGAUGAUGAUGCUUGUUCUAAGACAGCUAUGUCAUAAUGGUGAAAGAGAACAGUAUUACCGCUAACCCAACAGCCAAUUCUUUAAUACGAUGUGCCUGCAGAAAAUGGAGGCAAGUUUGACAAUCCAGUGAAGGUGAAACUCCCUCUCGUGGCGUGACGGUGUUUAGUGCUUCUAUGCCACAUCUUCCAAAUGACAAGAAAGUGGGAUUUAUUGAUCCACAAUUCUCCUGUCUGUCUUGUAAGUCAGUUGAGCAUUUCCAUUUGUAAAAUGCUUCAAAUCCUUUGUUAAAACAUUAACACCCUUGCCCCCCCACCCCACCCACUAAUUUGUUUCUGUAAUUUGUUUUUGUGUCUCAAAGUACUUGAUAAUAUGUUGUUGGGGUUCACAAAUUAGUGCAAGGCCUCUAUGAUCUAGAUAAGUCCCACAACUACGACCUCAGAAACCCCCAUUUUAGUGGAUUUCUUCUCAACAACCAGUUAGAACAAACAAUGAAGUAUAACCAGAAGUUAUGAGGAACCUGGGCUUUUAUUUUUGUCUUGAAGUCCUGGAGCUGCUGGCCUCUCAUCUCUGCUGGGGUAUAAACAUACCAAAGUUAAAUAGCCUGCUUCAGCUUGCCUGUAUUGGUUGAUUGUAAUUUAGAUCAGCUUAGGCACACAGCUUUAUCCUCCUAUGCAUACAAUUAUGUAACUGUGCCUGGUGAACUACCCAGUCGAUCCAUUCUCUUUGAAGUGGCGCUCUGCUGGUAGCGAAUAGAGUGCGAUGGUUUGUUCUGAUUUGUUUCUUAUGAUUCAUUUGGGUGCCUUGUUUCUUACAGAGGAAAAGCAAUUCUUACCUGCCUUAAGGACCAAAAAAAAAAAAAAGACAUAAACAUGAGUCUCGG